UCCCAAGUCUAUACUAGACGUCCUCGCCGAGAUGAUUGCCCUUGACGACUCCCUCAAGAUUGGUGGCUCUUACACCGGCGGCAUCAACCUCUCCGACAUCCCCAACGUUGGACUCGACUAAAAGAACCCGCCCAUGGGACGCACCUCAUCCAGGCCCAACAUGUUCGGACUUGGGGUUUCGCAAGGCCUGGGCAACGCGUCCCAAACACUUUUUUACCUUACCCCUCCACUCUGUACCACCGCUUUACAAGUCAUUUUCGAGCACUUGAAUUUGCGUCGGACGGCUCGGAUCCACCGAUCAGCGCCAGCCGCUUAUGAGACCCUUUCAAGCAUUCGAUCAUUUUUAAUGCCCUCCCAACCGCCGAGGAUACAUGACCAUCAUAUCUUUUUUUUUUCGCCACUGUACUAUAACCCGACCAAACUGGUUUUUGUUUCGAUAGAGGUUCUCGCGGAUGGGGGCAAAAGCACGGAAGGGAAGGAACCACAUUGUAUAUGGCCCACGGUUCUAUGGUUCCAGGGGGCACCUGUGAUCACCUAUUCGGGCGUGUGUUGUGUGUUGUGUGUUGUGCUUGUUGGGAAAAGUUGAAAAGCAUGACAUGUCAGGCAGACAAAAGGCAAUAAUGCACCAACCUUUGACCACCAGCUCACCAUAAUAACAGUCAACCGUAUAUCAGGUAAUCA